GAUGUUGCAUUUUUGCAGUGCAGAAAGAUUAAAUAUCUCAAAAAAAGAAAAGCAAUACGUCAUGGGAUGAGCUGGUAUUUUGUUGUGCAUUUGAAAUACGUCUGUAGCAAUUUGAGUUGAAAAGCUAAUUUUCUCUGUGUGUGAAUGUUCUAUGAAUGAUCAGUUUAUUGUGUUUUGAGUUUUUAAUUCAUUUUUGUGCUCAGAUUUGUCACGUUACUUUUCUUUCAUCUUGUUUGUUAUUGAUGUUCAGCACUUUGUUUCAGCCGUGGCUGGCGUUGAUGGUGAUGAAUUUACUUUGAAAGAAUAAACAGUGAGUGAUAUUUGCAGUGGGGAAAAGUUCAGACGGAGAAACGGAGACGGAGAGACAUUCCUCUUCCUCUUCCUGAGRAAUCCCAAGGCGUUCCCAGGCCAGACAGGAUAUAUAAUCCCUAAAGUGAUUUCUCUGGAUCUUUUCCCUGAGAUGCGGCUGAAAAAGCUCCAAACUGAGGCUUCAGGAGGCACGGUUGCACGAUUUUAGAGACUCCAGUGAUAUUAUUAUAAUUCUCUGUCAGACUCCCAGCAGAAACGUGUCUGAAGCUGCUGGAACAAACACCAAUAUGAGGUUCACAAAAUCAGCGCCCAGAGAUAAUGCUGCUUUAGUGGAUGACAACAUUUAUGAUGAUGUCAUGGUUUCAAAACAAGAUGUUUCUUCAGUGGGUGACGAAAUUUAUGAUGAUGUCAUUGUUUCAAAACAACAAGAUGUUUCUUCAUUCGCUGACAACAGCUGCACUGAAGACCAGCUUUCGAAGCAGAAAGCAGAUCUGCAGCAACCUGGACGGGACAGGAAGUCCAAAAUAUCUCCAGAACACGCUGUCCUGCUGGUUCUCAUGGCUCUUUUGGUCGUUGCAGUCUUUGCUCUGAGCAUUACUGUCUUUUAUCUGAUGAAACAUGAGAGAUGCCAAACCCUGAAGGAGGAUCUGGAAUCACUGAAGAUGAUUGUUUUAGAUGAAACAUGCCCAAAGUGUGAAGCCGGCUGGGAGCGAUACAGAGGAAGCUGUUAUUUUUUCUCCAACUCUACAUCCUCCUGGAAUGACAGCAGACGUUCCUGCGCUGAUCUGGGAUCAGACCUGGUGACGAUCGACAGCAGAGAGGAGCAGAUGUUCCUGGAGAUCAGAGUGAGGGAGAUAAUCAAGAAUAAUGAAACGUUCUGGAUUGGACUGACCGACUCAAAGGCAGAAGGCUCCUGGUUGUGGACGGAUGGAUCUCCACUGAACAAAAGUUUGAGUUUUUGGGCUCCGGGACAGCCUGAUGCUUUGGGUGGAGCAGAACUGGACUGUGUGGGGAUGAUGAAGACAGAAAUCCCUGAUGAGGUCCGAUGGCAUGAUAGACAUUGUAUUGAUCAUCUGAGAAGUAUCUGUGAGAAAGAUUCAAAAAUCCAGCUGCAUUUCUGUGUGUGAAGUUCAGUCUAGAAAGCGGCUUCAGAUCUCUGCACACUUUAAAAUAUUCUUUUAAAAACAUGUUAAUAGAAAAUAACUUUGAUUUUAGAAGAUAUUUACUUUAUUUUACA